CGCCUUUUGCUUUUUCUUCUCCUCUUUUUGUUCUUAUAUCAAAACCCCAACCAGCUCCCUCAUUUUCCCUCUCCAUCCAACUUGUGAUCUCUGUUCUCAAGCUAGCUUCCUACCUUCUCUUGCAUGCCUUAGGUGCUUCUUCUGCAAGAGAAUUGCUGUACAGUUGCUGAUUAUAUUACUCUCCAAUAAGGGCUGGUCUCAUUUUUUGAGAAGGAGGCUAGCUAUCUUUUUUGAGUUUCAUAUAGAUAUUUCUUGAUCAAGAUCAGAAGAAGUCUCAAAGGAAUUAAAUUAAAGAGAUGGCUCCUGUUUCAUUGCCUCCUGGCUUUCGUUUCCACCCUACCGACGAAGAACUCGUUGCUUACUACCUCAGAAGAAAGAUCAAUGCGCAUAAGAUUGAAUUAGAGAUCAUCCCUGAAGUUGAUCUCUACAAGUGUGAGCCAUGGGAUUUACCAGGAAAAUCAUUGUUGCCUAGCAAAGAUCUAGAGUGGUACUUCUUUAGUCCUCGAGACCGCAAGUAUCCGAAUGGAUCAAGGACUAAUCGAGCAACUAAGGCUGGAUAUUGGAAGGCCACUGGCAAGGAUAGAAAAGUGAUCUCCCAAAUGCGGGCUGUUGGCAUGAAGAAAACCCUAGUUUACUAUAGAGGAAGAGCUCCCCAUGGUGCUAGAACAGGUUGGGUUAUGCAUGAAUAUCGCCUUGAUGAGCGAGAAUGCGAAAUUAAUACUGGCUUGCAGGAUGCAUAUGCACUAUGCUGUGUGUCAAAAAGGACUGCAAAUAUCCCAAAGAUUGGAGAGCAUUAUGAUUCCACGACAAAUCAAAUGCCUUGUGAACAUUCUUCUAGCAUUGAACAAUAUUCUGAAAAUCAUGGAAGAUGUGAAGAAUAUGAGAGUACAAAUUAUACUAUGCAUAGAAAUGUAGAUACUUGCUCAACCAGCUACCGUGCCAUUGGGUCCCCUCUAAACAUCGGUGAAUCAAGAAAUGGGAAAUGGAUACAGUCCAUGGAUGGAUCAUUUGGCAUGUCAGCUCCACAAUUUCCAAACUAUUCAACAGUUCCUUACCCACCAUCAAAGGUUGAUAUAGCGCUAGAGUGUGCAAGGUUGCAGCAUAGGUUCACAUUGCCUCCAUUGGAAGUGCAGGAUUUCCCUCAGUUUGGAUUUACUGACAUAAAAAUGAUGCAUCAACCUUCCAUGCCAGAAAGCACAAGCACUCAUCAAACAGACAUUUUGCAAGAAAUUCUUUCGGUAGCUCAUGCAUCUCAAGAAUUGAUAAACCAAUCUAGUUUUCAAGAUACUUGGGGUGGAAACUAUGCCACUGCUGAUCAUGAUUUCACUUUCAUGGCUGGGAAGGAUGUCCAACAUAAUAUGUACAGUGACAUGAUGAUGAACUCUACAAGAUGGGCUGACAAACCAUGGGUUGACCCUAGUACAAGCAGCAUGUCUGUAGAGAUGAGUGACCUAGAUGAAACGUUCAAGGCAGAGAGGAUGAUAGAGAACCUGAGAUGGGUAGGAAUGUCAAAUGACGAACUAGAGAAGAGUUUUACGGAGGAAACCAAGAUUGUUCCAAUAGAAAAUAUUUCAAAUUUCAGGAGUAGAGAAGAGCAUGGAGUUCUAGGAGAAAUUGGACACCCUGGUGACUGCAUGAGAUUCAAUGACAGUGAGGACUUUUCACUUGGAUUCAUCAAUGAUGAGCCUAAUGAUGAUAACUUCAUAGAGGAGAGCAAUAUUGUGGAUGAUCUGGCUAGUUCACCAAGCUUUGAAGUUGUGGAGGAGAUCAAAGUUAAUCAUGGACUUUUCGUCUCGACUCGCCAAGCAACCAAGACAUUCUUCCACCAGUUAGUCCCAUCGCAGACUGUUAAAAUCUACCUGAAUCCAGCAGUGGUGGCCGCCAACUUUUCCAUUGAGAAAGCAGAAAAUACACGAAGGUAUGCCACAAAACCAUCCAAGACUACUGCAAAGGAAAACUUCAGUGGAUUAGCAAGCAAUGUUGUUUGUAUGAUUGUCAUUCUCUUGAUGCAUUGUUUUUACUUGGGAGAAAAUGUGGGAAAUGGGAAAUUAACGGAUGACUUCAUGGGAAGUGGAAGUGUAGAAGAGGAAGGUUUUUGCCCUAGCAAAAAUAUCAAGCCAAUGAAGAAGCCUGCAGGAAAACUAAUCAUCAAGAGCGAUGACAAUGAGAAGGAAAGAGAUUUGUUGGUUACCAUAAGAGGUGGUGGAGGGAGUAAACUUGGUUUGUUUCUGAAGAAGCUAGGGCUGUUUCUAACCAUUUCUUUUGCUCUUUGUACCAUAUUGGCGAACCACGCCAUGGCCUCUUGACUUGAUUUCAUUAAUUUACCAUCUAACUAUAGUUGUUGAGUUGGGAAGGCAUAAAAUUUUGCCAUCUCUAACGUUGGAGUCUAAUGUAUUCUAAUAGAUAAAUAUACCUUUGUAUUCUAUACUCAAACUUAUAGCAAUCGAAUAAUUGUAAUUGAAUUAGAUUAAUAAAACUUUCAUAGUCUUUUGGUGUCAA